CAGCCGCGACUACCAAAGAGCUGAUGUUGGGAGCCAGGAAGAAGGUUCAUCUGCUGAAGCCACCUAGUGAGAUCUCAGGUGCUGCCCCCGAGCCGGUCAGCCUCGUUGUGAAGGUAGAUGAUCAUCCCAAGAAGGAAGCUGUGAAGCGCUUAUGUUUGUCCCCCGUCAGACAGGGGACAGUCCUGUCGGAGACGUGUUCCUCAGCAGAGAAAGAAAAUUUCACUGAAGACAUCACGGCAACUAAAAGGAUUUGUCAGAAGGCCGGUGAGGAGGCUACUCAACACAACGAUUACCAGGAGCUCAGAAAAGCACUGCAGCCUCAGCAGGAAGUGCAGAAAGGCGGGGAGGAGAUUGAGCUGCUGCAACUCACAGUUGAAAAGGAGCUCACAACCCAAUGUAACUUUGGUGGCCAGAUGUGGGGUAGGAUUGCGACAGACGAAGUCCAUUUUGGUGAAGGUUUGCACCGCAAGGCAUUUCGGACUACAGUUAUCUGUGGCCUUUUACCUCUGUUUGAUUCCGGGCACAGCUGUGUGUUAAAAAUUCACAACACCAUUGCAUACGGGACCAAAUCAAACAACGAUCUCAUCGAGCUGAACUAUAAGUUAGCAGUACAGGAGUGCCAAGUGCAGAACACUGCUCGGGAAUACGCCUGUGGAUUUGCAGCAGAGGGGAUGUUACUAGAUAACUUUGGAGAUGGUCCUGAGGUCAUUCCCAUCUAUCUGAUCCACCGGACGGCCAACAUCAUUCCCUAUGCCACGGUGGAGGAGGAGCUGAUCGGGGACUUUGUGAAGUAUUCGGUGAGGGACGGCAGGGAGCUGAACGUGGGCAGAAAGGUGUCUGAGGCCGGUCAGAAAUGCUGCACCUUCCAGCACUGGGUGUAUCAGAGGACUGAUGGAAACCUCCUUGUGACUGAUAUGCAAGGUGUGGGGAUGAAGUUAACCGACAUUGGGAUUGCAACGUGUAGCAAAGGGUACAAAGGAUUUAAAGGGAACUGUUACAUCUCCUUCAUUGAGCAGUUCAAAGCUCUCCACCAGUGUAAUCAGUAUUGCAACAUGAUGGGUUUGAAGUCUCUGAAAACCAGCCAGCAGAAACCCAAAAGGACAGGCUCAGUGAAGACCCACCUGACUCACAACCAAUCCCGCACUCAACAGAGAAAAUACCGCUGACCCUACAGUCUACAUACAGACUUAAAAAAAUCUCAGCCCUCGGACACAGAGAGAAACCUUCUAAGAGAAGAACUGGCAGGAACAUCUAUAAGUCUUUUCAGCCUCCGUGAACUGGAACUACGUGAGCAGAGUGCUACACUCACAAGGUCUUAUUGUGUCCCGAGAUCCUUAGCGUCAUUUUUGGAGAGUGGUUUGUCUUCAUUUACAUUACGUGUGAAACUAUUAGUUCUGCAGUUCAGGGCUUCCAGCAUGGAGAUCUGUAAUGUCAUUUCAAACCCAGAAGGGAGAAACUGCCUGACAGGGUGGUGGAAGCAGAUUCGAUUGUAGGUUUCAAAAGGGAAUUGGAA